UGUCUGACUGAGAGAUGAAGACAGACAGACAGACAAACUGAAACAACCUGUGGACUGGUGUGAUCCUACAGAGACGUCUUGCGGAACAAAAGGACACAGAAUGGAGACUCACUCCAACUCCACUGAGUGGUCGGAUGACUGUACAGUCAAUGAUCAGAUGACGCCUUUCACCAUCUUAUACUCCCUCAUCUUUGUGACGGGAUUGCUGGGAAGCCUGGUGGCGCUGUGGGCAUUCACUCUUAGCCGUGAUGGAAAGAAGUGCAUCAACGUGUACCUGAUCAACCUUCUGAUCUCUGACUUCCUCCUCACACUGGCCCUGCCCUUCAAGAUAGCAGUUGAUCUGGAUAUUGCACCCUGGAACCUCAAGAUCUUCCACUGCCAGGUCUCUGCUGUGCUGAUCUACAUCAACAUGUAUGCCUCCAUCAUCUUCCUGGCGUUUGUCAGCGCUGACCGCUUCCUGCAGAUCACCCAGAGUUCCAGGCUCUUCCGCAUCCAAGAAGUGGGUUUCGCAAGGAUGAUGUCAGCAGUGAUAUGGGCACUGGUGCUCUUCAUCAUGGUUCCCAACAUGGCCAUUCCCAUCCAGGACAUUAAGGAGAAGCCGCUGGUCACCUGCGCCGAGUUCAAGCAGCAGCUGGGGCUGCACUGGCACACUCUCACCAACUUCCUGUGCAUGACCAUCUUCUUGAACGCGUCGGUCGCCGUGCUCUGCUCCAACGGCUUUGUGCUGAAGCGCCUGUGGGGGAGCCGCGACGGCAGCGUGGAGGAGCGGGCCAGCACCCGGCACGCCACCCGCAACAUCGCCACGGUGACGCUGGCUUACGUGGUGUGCUUUGUGCCGUACCACGCGGUGCGCACGCCGUACACGCUCACCCAGAACCAGGUGAUCACCGACUGCCGGCUAAAGCGCGACCUUUUCCUGGCCAAAGAGUCCACGCUGUUGCUGGCCGUGCUGCACCUCUGCUUUGAUCCCAUCCUCUACUUCUACCUCUCCCACUCCUUCAGACAGAGAAUCACAGAGGCUUUCCGAACCAGGGAGAACGCCAUUGCUUUGGGCCAUAAUCCAGCGCAGCCCCAACAACCAUGAGGGGAGGGAGAGAUGCAGGAAUCUCACCAGUAUGUGGAAGAAGAAAAACAGUUGGGCAGCACUGAACCACUGCAGCGUGUGCAGAAAGCUGUGGGAGAGCUGGUGAAAAGAAAGAGAGGGAGGGGAAAAAACCUACAGUGAGUCUCCAUAGGUGGGUUGAGGAGACACAUUUUACCAGUCUGUUUCCAACAGUAGCUGUACAAUGCUCACUGAAGAGAAAAAUGAGAAAAUAAAUACUGUUUUCCUCAAUUUUCUCACCUUUGAACGUCCUGAGACCCAAAACAAAUUUCACACCAAUCACUCAUGAGUCAUGAGGCUUGAUGUCUCUUUGUGGUGUUACACCCCUACUCAUGCUACCUAGUGAACUCUAAUA